AUCGAUUCCAAAACAGUAAACAAACAAAAAACACACACACAAAUAUAAGGAAGAGAAGGCGUAGAAUCGAUUCAGAAUCUGUGAAUUACGAAUCCAUAGAGAGAAAGGUUUUGCAUUUGCAACCUUUCUCAAAUUGGGUUCUGUGCAUUUCCUUGCACUUUGGAUAAUAGGAACUAAAUCUCUUUCUCUGGUUCAUCAAUGGCGGAUCAAACGAAGAAGAGAUACGUUACAAGCGAGGAUUUGAAAAAACACAACAAACCUGGAGAUUUAUGGAUUUCGAUUCAAGGUAAAGUUUACGACGUUUCCGAUUGGGUUAAAUCUCAUCCCGGAGGCGAAGCAGCGAUUCUCAAUCUCGCCGGCCAAGACGUCACCGACGCGUUCAUCGCUUACCAUCCCGGAACCGCAUGGCACCACUUAGAAAAGCUUCACAAUGGCUAUCACGUGAGAGACCACCACGUGUCAGACGUCUCACGUGACUACCGUCGUUUAGCCGCCGAGUUCUCCAAACGCGGCCUCUUCGACAAAAAAGGUCACGUGACUCUUUACACACUCACGUGCGUCGGCGUCAUGCUCGCGGCGGUUCUCUACGGCGUUUUGGCGUGUACCAGCAUCUGGGCUCACCUCAUCUCCGCCGUUUUACUCGGUCUCCUCUGGAUCCAAAGCGCUUACGUCGGCCACGAUUCCGGUCACUACACGGUGACGUCAACCAAACCGUGUAACAAACUAAUCCAGCUUCUCUCCGGUAACUGUCUCACCGGCAUCUCAAUCGCGUGGUGGAAAUGGACGCACAACGCUCACCACAUCGCUUGUAACAGCCUUGACCACGAUCCGGAUCUACAACACAUCCCGAUCUUCGCCGUCUCUACAAAAUUCUUCAAUUCGAUGACGUCACGUUUCUAUGGCAGGAAAUUAACAUUCGAUCCUCUAGCUCGAUUCUUAAUCAGCUACCAACACUGGACAUUUUACCCAGUAAUGUGCGUCGGAAGAAUCAACCUCUUCAUCCAAACAUUCCUAUUGCUAUUCUCGAAACGCCACGUCCCAGAUCGGGCCUUGAACAUCGCCGGAAUUUUAGUUUUCUGGACAUGGUUCCCUCUCUUAGUCUCGUUCCUUCCGAAUUGGCAAGAGAGAUUCAUCUUCGUCUUCGUGAGCUUCGCCGUCACGGCGAUUCAACAUGUUCAGUUCUGUUUAAACCAUUUCGCAGCAGAUGUGUAUACCGGUCCACCAAACGGAAACGAUUGGUUUGAGAAACAAACCGCCGGUACGCUUGAUAUAUCGUGUAGAUCGUUUAUGGAUUGGUUCUUUGGUGGAUUGCAGUUUCAGUUAGAGCAUCAUUUGUUUCCUCGGCUUCCUCGUUGUCAUCUCCGGACAGUAUCGCCGGUGGUUAAGGAGCUUUGUAAGAAGCAUAAUCUACCGUAUAGGAGUCUUUCGUGGUGGGAAGCUAAUGUGUGGACGAUUAGGACUUUGAAGAACGCGGCGAUUCAAGCUAGAGAUGCGACUAAUCCUGUGUUGAAGAACUUGCUUUGGGAAGCUGUGAACACGCAUGGCUAAAAAGGUGUUUCGUUUGUCGAGUACUUUUUAAUUAGAUUGAACUGUUUUAGGUGUAACUCUACCGUGAUAAAAAACUACAUAUUUAUUUUGAUUUUCUGCUGAGUUUAUAAUUUUCUAAUCGCUAAGCCUAAGAAUCUAUUUUUGAUAAACAAAUUUGUCAGACAUGCGUGCUUGUUCUACGUUUAAGACGGAUCGUGCGGGUCUAAUAUACAUGACAAAGUACUCCACCGAAAAACCCGAGCUUUUGAACCAAAUUGUUUGAGUUCACGUCAAUGUAAAGUUUUAUCUGGAAGGGUUCAUGCUUAUUAUACAACAAAUGAAAGAACAUUUUGCCAAAUGAAUUUGGAGUUUAGGAAGAAAACAAAAAACUAGUUGGGCCUCUUUGAAACCGUUUCAUACACACAGAUAUAAGUGAGGC